GUGGGUUGUAUAUAGCAUAGAGACAUGCAUUCGGAGAGAUUGUUUGCUUCUGUCAUGAAGUAACAUCUCAUGAAAUGUAUUUGUGUAUAUUUCUGAGAAAAUGAAAUUGACGAUGCACGGAUUAUAGAUACAAAGAUUGAUUGUGUUUCAAGGAAAUAGGACAGAUGCUGUGCCCGGAAUACCAGAAGUUGUCAAGUGAUCAAUGGAUUGUGAAUCAUUCCUUUUAAUAUGCGGUUUAUAUUACAAUGAAAUUGACAAGAUUAUAUUUCAGGUUUGGAUGUGUGGUUUAAUUUGGGAGCUGUCAUCGUAUUCGUGUUGGGUGCUGAAGCCUGGAGGUUGUGUUGUGGUUUGCAGUAAGGUUGUAUAUUACUGAAAUGUACAACAUAACAGACUGAUGGGAUAUAUGUGACGGAUGUUACACCAACACCUUCGUCGGAUAAAUGGAUUACCGUGGUGAAUUCAGGUGACGAAAGUCUGGAUUUCAUUGUUGAAAUGUGUCUAGGUGUUUGUGGUCUAUUUCAAAGUUGUCAUCUUUCCAGCAGUGGCAUUGACUUCAAUUUAGUGACAGAAUUGUGACAUGGACGUCAUAUCAAUAAUAUUCAGGAAGAGAUCACAUACAGGAGGGUAACAAAGAUACGGAAUUCUUGCGUUAUAUUCCGAGCAAAUGAAAACAAUCCAGAUAUGAAGUAAACAACCAAGGCAAUUAUGUCGCCUAUAUGAGUCAGUGACUGACAGUGGUUAAACCAUGAAGUAUUGGAAUCUGAGAGUUUUUUCAAUUAUAUAAGAUCAUCGUCACUGAUGUUCUAACGAAAAGGCCAAGGCUUUGUGAUUGUGAAACCGACAUGGCCAUCAAAUCUAUUUCAGAUCCUCAACUGGAACUAGGUUGAACAGCGAGAUAUGCCAUAAACACAAAAUCCUUUGAUAAUACACCUACCUUGCAACAAUGUUAUAGACAACUGUCGUCUAUUUGGUAUUGUUGUUCAUUUCAAUGCUGAAUGCUUGAAGGGAAGAGACAACAGUAUAGAAGUCUACAUUAUUACUGCCCCACAAUGACCUUUCUGGGUUAUGAAUUAGUCCAGUGACGUUGUGUACAAUUGUCGUCCAUUUCGGUGAAAUGUACAUCACAGCCUGUCUGUCACCGAGAAAUGUACAACCCCUUGAAUUAGCCUGAUAGUGAAUAGGAGGAAGGUCAGCAGAAUCUUGACAGAGCAAACUUAGGCAACUGGGCUUUACAUACCUCUACAAAUACGUUCUGUUUGAUUUACACUGCGGAUGGUUACGUUGGGUGGCUUUAUUUACCCAAUUUAGACUCUUUUUGCUGGAGAGCUGCAUCAGUUAGACGCUGUUUGAAGUUUCUUUCUGUGUCUAUAGUUUUAUUAUUUUGUGUACAUGAUUGGAGAUGUUUCUAUCCCCGACAAGAUUUGAAGAAAUUGACGACGAUCAUGAAGAAACAGAAUUCUGGGAAAAUCCGCUGGAGAUUCGUACAUCAGGAUUUGUACCGCUUCAUUUUGUGCCGUUGACAAAACGAGAAGAGCGAGAAAAGGAAAAGUCAUUACAGAAGAAAGUGACAGAGUUACAAGGGCAGAUACAGAGGUUGGAGAGACGCAUCACUCUUCUCCGCACAGAGAAUGAAACACUUAGGAAGCAGAAAGAUGACCACAAACCACUGGAAGAAAAGAUCAAGGCCCUCAAGAAACGCAAUGCUGAGCUGGCGGCCAUUGCACGGAGGCUGGAAGAGAAGGCCAAACAUUUGCAGCAAGAAAAUACAAAGAAAACAAAAGAAGAAGGUCUUCCCGAUUCAGACCAGCUCAAACGACUUUUUGCUCGACAACGAGCAAAAGACCUUGCAGACCAUACCAAGAGCAUGCUGACGAAAGAUCGAGAGAUCGAGGAUCUACGCAAAAAAUGUCAAGAACUCGCUGAUCAGCUCAGCAAUGGAGAGUAUCUUAUACCGGAGAAUAUCCAAGUUUAUGAGGAAAAGGAAGAGCUCGUCACAAUCAUCAAACAAGCUGCCAAAGAGAGGCUCCAGCUCGAACGCCAAGUGGCGAAAAGUAAACCAGGGGAGGUAGUGCAACAAGGUGACCAACUUCAAAACCAAUCAGGGUGGUGGGAAUCUAAGUGGUUUAAGCAUUUGCCCGUCAUGCUGAAGGCCUGA